AUGGUGAUUACAAUCAUAGCAAACGCUCCAGAUGUGAAAGUGAUUGAACUGGACGCUAGGGACUUGGAUAUACGACGGGAUUCUGUCAAAGUGUUGGAUGGGGACAUUGAUUUAGUAAAUAGGCACAGACCUUAUGAAUAUGAUAGGAGCAGAGGAAAACUUUAUAUAUAUUUGACAGAUUCUUUAAAAGAAUAUAAUUUGUACAAGACCCAAUACUUGUUGAAAAUUUCUUUCAGUAAACACGUCAAGAAAGAUGAUGAAGGGAUAUUUAUAGUGGAUUAUGAAGAAGAUGGUAUUAGAAAAUACUUAUAUACAACGCGUUUGUCGCCGAACAAGGCGAAAUAUUUCUUCCCGUGCUUCGAUAAUCCACGUUUCGAAGCCGUAUUCAAGUUCAAGGUGUACGUGCCUCCGCCUCGUGUCGACAUUCAGAACACGAACACAAGCUUGAUCAUUGCACAGGAACAGCGACGUUAUGUGGCUAACAACGACUAUGUAGUAAUUGAGUAUGUUACUUCACCGCAAGUGGCGUUGUACCAAGUGGGCUUUCACCAGUCCAACUUCGAAAGCCGUUAUGUGAUGGCUAAAAAUACCAACGAUACCUUAAUUGUGUGGGCACCCAAACCUUUGAUGCAGAAUUACAAUUUCAUACUUCAGUUUGGAGAGGCAAUUAUAAAUUUGAUACACGAGUAUGCAUCCAUUAAUCGACCUCUUGUGUACGGGCCAAUUAAUUUAGUAGCCGUACCAUUACUACUAAAUGGAUAUGAGAUCGGUAGUUGGAACCUUUUAACUAAUGGCGAUAAUAGACUCGGAUAUGUACCACAGAUUACCAGCAUUAAACAAAUGGAAAAGAUGAAAUUCGAAUUAACGCAGCAGUUGUGCAGAAUAUGGUUGGGGAAUCCUGGCGAGCCUGAGAGGACGAGGUGGAAAGAAGAAUGGUUCAAAGAAGGUGUAGCUACAUACUUAGCUUAUUAUUUUCUUGCUCAGUAUAAUAACGGUAAAGUAACGGGUCACAGUAUUUGGCCUAUUGGAAAAUAUGGUGUCGACAUGAAGCACAAGUCAAUGUCGAUAGAUUGGCAUCACAGUACUCCAGCGCUUUCAACGUUCAAUAGAACAUUAGCCAUUGAGAUUCCUUCAAGGUACAAGAAUUUGGUGACAAUGAAGACUGCUUCUAUAUUAUGGAUGGUUGAGAAUUGGCUGGGAGCAGAGAAGUUUCAGAAUGCUCUGGUCACAUAUAUCAAUUCGAGGAGAGGGAAAUAUAUAUCUUUGGAGGACUUUAUGAUAAGCUUGGACCAUGACACGGUUGAAUGCCUUCAUCAGUUUCUUAACGGUUCUACUGCGUCCAGGGUUUUAAGUUCUUGGUUCCAUCAGUCUGGGUAUCCAGUCAUUGACGUGCAAGUCUUGAGAGACAGAAAUCCUAAUGCUAUUCUUCUCAAACAGAAGCAGUUUAGUUUUACAAAUCGCAAACGUAUCGACUCAAACUACUUGAUCCCUAUCUCGUACAUAGUCCAGAACAACCAGAACUGCUUCAACUGCUAUCAGCCUCGUUUCACAAUCGGAAUGCAAACGUAUUCUUUUGGAGAAAACCUUAACGAUGGUUGGAUAAUACUUAACAGAAAUGCUUCUGGUUAUUAUCGUGUUAAUUAUGAUAAUUAUACAUGGAGGCUAAUUGCUAAGACUUUGAAAGAAGAUCGCUUAGCAAUCGACGAGCUAAACAGGGCUCAAAUUGUGAACGAUAUUUUUGCCUUAUUUACGGCGGGAGAUAUAGACAGAGACCUCGCCAUGACAGUCCUAGAUUACCUUAACGAGGAACUAAGUGAGGUUGUAUGGGACUCCGCUAUCACUGGCUUCGAACUGCUGAAGAUAGAUGGCGCGAACUGUCAUAUGACAAAGAAUUUGUAUCAGGAAUGGCAGAAUUUCAUGCGUUCAAAAGUCGCGUCGAUUUAUAAGCGGUUGGUAGACAAUCGAGAGCAGCGGCCCAAUAUACGACUUUUUAGAAGCAAUAUCGUUGAAUUCGCGUGUUACAUUGGACAUCAGCCGUGUUUAAGUUUGAUGAGGCAAUUUAACGCGCAGCAAUUAGAAAAAGAGAGAAUGAAUCCAGAUUUUCGGGAAACCUUCUAUUACGUACUUCAACACGAAUCGAAUGUUAAUUUUGGAAACGAAGGAUUAAAUCGGUGCGAGCUGGAGGAGAAAAUUAACGCAGAACAUAAACUACGAGAAGAGAACAGGUUUUUGUACAAAAUACCGAUUGGUACUCCUCGGCCAUUGCAACUAAUCAAAUCAACUACGGCUAAGUACACAAUAUCGACUGAAUCGCUAGGCACUACAGCAGAAACCUUAACUGCACAGCCAGGUGGAACUGCAUCGAAAAUACCCUCCAUGUCGACCAUAUUUUCGAUGAUGAUUGCCAUUAUCUUAAGAUAG